AUGAAUAGAGCUUUACUUCUUAAAUGGAAAUGGAGGAUUCUUAUGGAGAGACAAGCCAUAUGGAGUAAAUUUUUAGAGUUUCGGUAUCGUAAGCCUAGAUUGAUCGUUCAAGCAACAAAGGAUGUAACAUCGAAUUUUGAAGACGCUAUUUGGUGGAGAGAUGUUAUUUCUAAUGAUUUAAUCUUGGAUAGAUUUGAAGAAGGUUUUCCCGGGUGUGUUAAAAGUAUUAUUCGUAACGGUAAGAACAUCCUUUUUUGGCAUAGUGUUUGGUUGGGGGAUCAUGCUCUUCACGUUAAGUUCCCGGAAUUGUAUGAUAUCUCAACAAGAAAACUGUGUUCUGUUUCGGAAGUGCGGCAAGUGGUGGAUGGUUCUGUUUUCUGGGAUCUUGAUUUCUUGUUCGCAGCUGACAGCAAUGUCAUUGCUGCGCCAUCUGCCAGCGACCUCCACAGCGGCGAUGGGCUGGUUUCGGUGUUGCUGCAGCUCCAUGCGGUGAACUUGCAGCAUCUGCGGGACUGUUUGAUACAGUCUAACCACGGGCAGACUGAGGAGGAGGACCAGCACAUAAGGAAUCUGAACAGUUCUGGACUGUAUUCUGUUAGCAGUAUUACUAGCCUGGUGGGAAAUAGUAAGGAUAGGGCUUGGAACAACAACUUGAUAAAGCAAUUGGAGGUAAUUUGGAAUACUAAUCUGCCGAUUAGAAUUAAAUUAUUUGCUUGGAGAGUUUUAACGGAUAAAUUGCCGGUUAAGGAGAUUUUGAUUCAAAGGGGAGUUUCUAAUUUCCCUUCCGUCGGUUGUGUUUUUUGUUCGAACCAUCAGGAGAAUUCCAAUCACUUAUUCUUUGACUGCUAUAUUUCUAAAGAAAUUUGGGACAAAGUGCUCGCUUGGUUGGGGAUUGAAUCAAAUCUUUCUUUUCUUGAUUUGUUGAGUUUCGACGCUAUUCAAUUAAAGGUGAAGAAAGUCAAGGUGAAGGAUAGGAUUAAUGUUAUUUGGGUCGCCACUCUUUGGAGCUUGUGGACCAUGAGGAAUGCAGUUAUUUUUCAGGAUAAAUUAUUUAGCUUUGAUGAAGUGUUUUACAACAUUUUGUUUCUCUCUUGGAGAUGGCUUUCUUUAAGCCAUUCAUUGGUUGUUGCCAACUUUUAUAAGUGGUUCAAAAACCCCUUGAAUUGUAUCUAA